CAAAUACACACGUCAACGCUUCUCACACACGUUUGCAUUGCUUUGAGAUUCCGCGUUGCAUCCGCUUCGAAGGUUUUCAAUUCCCAAACAAUUAGCUAGCCGUUAGCUACAAGUUGUAAAGUUACGUAAUGAAUAUACAUUUGAAUCGAUUCAGCGAUAAUUAGCUGCGGUGUAUAAGAAUACCAGAAUUUGUUCAGGAGUUUCUGAUUCCGGUAAGCCGGUACGCGAAGCUAUAAGAAAUCUUCCCAUAUACGACUGGAGAAAAAUAGUUGCAAAGGGCAAGGGCACGAACGGUAUAUUAGAAAAUUUUACGCUAGCGGUUAAGUUUAUAGUUUAUCCAUUGCCACCGGAAGUGGUUGUAGAAUUUAAAAAAAUUUUGCGGCAUACCGCGAGUUAUCGGUCGGCGUCGUUUUACGAUUUUUGUAUAAGUCAUUUGCUUUGUUAAGUUUGCUGUUUGCUGGCUCGUAAUUACUCGUGAGGCAUUUGUGCGUCGUCGUCGUCGUCGCCGUCUCCUUCGUCUCGUCAGUACGACGGUUGGUUAUGUGGUGACUUGUGAAUGAUAGACAGGAGACGCCACCUCCAAAAAGGUACCUUAAAAUAAUCUCUCAACGGUUAAUUACGUGUUGAAAAAAUUUUCAAAGUAAAUAACAUUCGGGGAGAGUUGGAAAAUAACGAAAAAUAGAGAGAAAGUAAAGCAAGGAGUGAAAUAUAUUAGCGUUGGGAAUCAAGGGCGUGUAAAUUAUCAUUUGGGGACCAUGGGUAAAACGCCAAAGAAGGCGGCACCCGAGGGUGAUGAGAGGAAUAGGUACGUUCGGAGAUUAAAAAACUCAUCCACUGCUACUACUACUACUUCUUCAUCAAAACAUGAGAAUAUGAUCAGUGCCGAUUUAAUAACGCCGCGUUCUUCCGAGCAGCAUGAAAACGAGAAUACUAACAGAGGAAAACCUAUGAACGUACAGAAGAAUUUGAAAGCCACCAGCAGCAAGAGUUUCAAGAGCAAACUCCGAAGUCCAGUGGUUAAAUCGUCAAUUACUCGCUUACCAAAAUCUUCAACAAAAUCAGUAUCAGCCGAAAGAGAAGUCGUUAAAUCAGGAAUCUCUUCAAAAGUACUGAAAAAUAAACCUCCGACAAUAAUGUACCCGAAAUCAGAAGAGUCGGAGUCUCAGACAGUUGAAAAUGUCUAUGAAGAUAAUAUAGAAGACAUAGACAAAGUUAUGAGAUCCAAAAAAUGCGAUACCAUAGUCAGCAGUGUUACGGAUGGCAACAGGAAAGAAAAUGAAUCAGAGCCAGAAACAGGCAAUAUUGAAAAACAGCCAGAGUUUCAAGAAAUAGAAGGAGAAAUUACUGUUCCAGAAUCUGACAAAAAUGGCCCUAGCAGUGCUGGUAAGGAAGUUAAAAUAAAUCUUAUAAAUGAAGCUGUAUCUGAAUCCUUGGAAAGAGGUAUUUCCAAGGAAGAAACUGAAGAGCAUGAGGUCAAAUUGAACCUUAUGGUGGAAGACAGUCCUCUGAAAGCUUCACUGAAACAGGAAUUAGAAAGUCCCGAAGAAUUGCCAGAAAUUCAAGACAAAAUGCAGCAAGAAGAGCCACUUUGUGAGCCACAAAAAGAAAAUGGACAUGUUGCAAAUGAGAAGGACGACCAAAGUGAGGAUUUGGCAGAUACUGAAAGCUGUUCCGUAGAUGUAGUUGAGUCAACGACCUCUGAGAUGUCAGAAGCAUCCGAUCUUGCCCAAAUGGAAUCUGAAAAAGCAAAAGAAUUGCCUCCUCAGCAGACAAAUGACGAUAUCUCAUUUGUUUCCUUUGAUGCCUCUAUUGUGCUUAAAGAUGUUCACGUGCGGCUCAAUGACUGUCUCAAGGAUAAUUCUCAUCUGUAUGAUCUGACUACUGGAGAAAGCUCCAUGUCCGAACCUGCGUGCAAAGAUUCUUCAUUUGGCAGAACUCUGAGGAACAUAUCUGGGAGACAUUCGAUCAACAGAAUGCGCCAUGUCACAGUUCGCAAUAGACUUACACCUAAUAAUUCGCUUUAUGUCAACAUGUCAACUGUUUCUGUGCCUGACGAAGAGUCACGAGAUCAUAAAAUCCUUCGCCAUCGCACUGGUUUAUCCGAAACAUUUACUUGCAACGGUACUCCAUCAGAACGCAAGCGUAAACUUGAGCCAGAAGUUUGCAGCGAAGCUAAGAAGGUCAAAACUGAUUCAGCGAGCAGUCUUUUCAACACUUCGAUUGGAAUUCUGCAGGGCCUUCGCAGACCUAUUCAAGUAUCAACACCAAAUGUCAACGCCUACAAAUUUAAGCCAGAAAAAUUGGAUAUCAGUGGAAUUGUUACAAACGAUGAAAAAGUCGUUCAGGAGCAGUCGGGAGCUGCCAAAAAAUGGUGCAGCAUUAUGUAAAUUCAUUUGAAGCAGGUAGAAGUUUGUGUAAAAGGUUUUCUUUUUUUUUACCUUCUUAUGACCAAGCCGUCAGAAUUAUUUAAUCACAUUAUAUGAAUUACGCAUCGCAUCGUAUGACUCUGAUACACAAGUGUCCGAUCAGAUUAUAGCUGAAAAUAAUUGAGUGUAGAUCUGCUUUUAUUAUUUUCUCACCAAGGAUUCUGAUCGACGGAAUUUUUAAUAUACUUACGUAAUUCUGUUUCAAUGCAGCAUGUCAGUGUCACACUAUAUGGCAACUAAAACAAUGCAGCAGAAUUCUGUUUCUCUACUUUGAAAAUAUUGUUGAUCAGCGAAUUAGUGAUUGCUAUUUGAGCCACAAACAAAAUAAAUAGUUGAAAGCAGUUUAUGCCAAUAAAAAUAAUCACUCGAAUAUUUCAGCUAAGAUAUUGUUAAGGUUUGUCAAAUUGUGUCACCGAUAUCGUUUUAAAAAAAAUUAUUUCAUUUAAUAUUAUUUUCAAAUUAAGUUUAUUAUUAUUACGUAUAUAAUAUUUCUGACCAUUAUUUUAUACAAGUCGAGAGUAAAGACUACGACAAUCCACCGCCUUCUCUUUGAUUUAAAUCUGAUUCCGCUGUAAUAUCACCAUGACAUAAUUACAAUUUUAAAGAUACAAGGCUAGCGAUUCUUCUCACAUUUCCGCCAUAUUUUUGUAUCACCUAUACUGGCAUCUAUAGAGGUAGGAAAUUAGGACAAUAAUUUUUAUUCGGAAAUAUUAGUAACUAUACUUGUAGUGUCCUGUUCAAAGUUCAAAAUUUUAUUCCCCAUUUUUAAAUCCUCCCAACUCGUUGGGAAUAAUUUUUUAUCGUAUCUUAUUAACUCUGUAACUCCUCAAAACUUCUUUGAAAAACUCUCAAGUGUGCCAAUGCUUGUUACAUAUUAAUUAUGUCCUGAAUAUAUUGAGGACACCGGAAAAAAAUUCUGGAUCUAUUAUUAUCAAGUAAUAAGUUUAGUCUUAUACAUAUAUUUUUUAUACCACCAUCGCUUCAAGAUAUGGAAACAAUUGAGAGUAGAUUAGCGCGAUGGUAUUAUUAGUAACUCUAAUACUAAGAUUAUAUUUGAUUAUCACGAUAAAGAUAGUCAAUAUCAAAUAUAAAAUAAUUUUCGAUUAGUUCAUAGUAUUGUAUGUAUUGCCGUUUUUAUCUUGCUCUUUUUCUUUUCUUCCUUUUAUUCUAAAUGAUGAAAAAAACCGAAAAAUUAGCCAGUUAUUCAUACUCAUACCGUUGAAAUGUACUAUCCCGAUUAAAUGUUUUAGCAGGCAUUGUUCGUGUGAUUCAUACUUUUUUUUUUCCUGCAUUUACUUACAGUUAUGCACAUUGUAAAUGCUAUAUUGUUACAUUAUGAGAUUUCCAUGUAAUAUUCAGCUCUGAAAACCAUUUUUCUUGAGUUUACAUCAUAGAAAGUGCUUCCUUUCAGCUCACUUUUUUCAAAGGAUAUUAAUCAUCGGGCACUUGGAUACAAUUCAAAUUAAUAUUUGAAAUAGAUAUUUGCUUUCUCGCUUUGAUUUAUUUUGUGGAAUUGUUAAUCAGUAUGCCAAAUACUAGAAUAAGAGAAUUUUCUUUCAACUUUUUUUUUCAUAAAUAAUUAGCCAAGACUGAUAAGAAAGCAUUAUCCUCAUUUAGAGACCGAAUGGUAUUUGAAAAAAUAUACACUCUAUAUCUCCUUAUUUUCAUCAAAGUUAAGAGGCGCGGAUAUUCUAUGAAAGUAUAAAAUUUGUACAUAAAAAAGUAUAACUUUUUAAUAAAGUAUCCAAGAUUAUUGUGUCA